AUGGUGCUCCAAGCGAAUAAUAACAAUUCGAAAAAGAAAAUGGAAAAAAAGUCUUCCAACGAUGUGGAUACUACCGAAAACAUUAACAUCAUCAGAAAAAUUAUUGACGAUUUUGAAAAUCAAGCUAAAACCGAUAAGAAGCUGAAAAAGAAAUUGAGGAAUAGGAUUAUCAGUACUAGUGAUAGUACUCUUAGUCAUAAAGAAUGCAGGCAUCCAAAACGUUCCCAGGUGUCACCAAAGCCAUCUCACAGCCUCCGGGGAAGCCUUAUGUACAGACUCAACAAUUGCACUACUCGUUAUUAUGACCCUUGGAACGAGAACGACAAUGCGUUCUCGGAUAAAACAGUCGGCAACAAUGUUUAUAUUAAUUUCAUGGAGAAUUGUGAUAAUGAAAAUACCGAAGGAAAUCGGUUUGUCCAAGAUGCUGAGUAUGUCUGUUUACAGGGUGGUUACAGGUUUCAGUCCUUAUAUUGAAAUUUAUAGAUUAGAAUUAAAUUAUAAAAUUAUAACCUUUCAAUUUUUUUUUUUUUUUAAUUUUUUCUUUGUGCCAACACUUGAGCUGAUAAUAUAAGGCAACUUUGUAGAUAGGUACCGAAAAUACCAGUCGUUCUAGGGACUUAACGUAUGCCGGUUCUUG